AUGAUACUCAACACAGCACAAUCACUCUUCGAAGUGGCCGAAUGUUGGCGAAAAAUUGUGAGUUAUUUCAGAUCUGAAGCUGUUUCAAAAAUUCUGAGCAAAUGCCCCCAGUUACUUGGACGUAUGGUACGGUUUCUUCGUGCAAUCGAUUUCGACCACGAGGUUGAAGUCGUAGUGGAAGAGGUUUGCGGCGUGCAAAAUACAACCCUUUCUCCAAGCGAUCCAGCCUGGUUAGAUUGGUGCCAACCGCGAAUUGAACGUCCAGAGAGGUACGGUAAAAGAGCAGAGGUCUUGUCACGAUGUGUCGAUGUGCUGUUUCGAUUUCUUGACUUUGGUUCAAAUAGAAGCUCAGGACGUGCUUGGGUUUUACUUCAUACUGUUGUACAGCUAGUCGAUCCCGGUUUAUUUGUAACAAUAUGGGCUCAGAGGUACGACUGGUGGCCUAGGUUCCAUACUGUACCUCUACCUGCAGAAGCGGCUUCUCGACGUGCUGAACUCUUAGAAGCACUAGCGGGAACGCCUAUCGAUUAG